UGCAGUUCCGGUUUGUCUACCCAAUUAAACCGGAACCAAAAUUUGAUUUGUUAGCUUCUCCAAUGCAUCAUCGUGUCUUGUCGAACUGAAAAGUCUGAGACUUUCCCCUACCCCAGUCGCUGGAUAGUUACGUCUAGGGCCAUAGAAAACAGUAAACACUCCAACAGCGUUUAGGCUCUCUCUUCUCACUGGAAUGAAAAGCCCCAAAAUUUGGAUCUUCGAUUAAGCGUUUGUAUCGAGAAGAAGAUGGAUCGUGUCAGCAAUCUACCAGACGAGAUUCGUUGUCAUAUUUUGUCAUUCCUUCCCACAAAGCAGGCUGCUUUGACUUCGGCUCUCUCCAAGAGCUGGCGCAAUCUUUGGAAACUUGUUCCUAAUCUUAACAUUGAUGACUCUGAGUUUCUUCAUCCGGAAGAGGGUAAAGGUGAAAGGGAUGAAAUUCGUCAGAGCUUCGUUGAUUUCGUGGACGGUGUACUGGCUUUGCAGGGUGACUCUCCCAUUGAUAAGUUCUCCCUCAAGUGUAUAACUCGUGUUCAUCCAGAUUGUGUGAACCGUUGGAUUUGUAAUGUGCUGCAGCGUGGUGUUUCCGAUCUUGAACUUUUCACUGAUUUCACCGGCGAAGAUCCCGAAGACGAUGAUUAUAUGCUACCUCAAGAGAUGUUUGUCAGUAAGACACUGGUUAAGUUGAUAUUAAGAAGUGAACACUGUGUUAAUUGGUCGUGUUGGGAGAUGGACGCUUCCUUACCAAUGCUUAAAAGUCUUUAUAUUUACUCGGGGUUGAUUUUUUGUGGUGACAUGGUGAGCUUUCUUCCUUUUUUCCCUGCACUUGAGGAAUUACGAAUGGCUAAUAUGGAGUGGAGAGAGUCAGAUGAAUGUGUGACCAUGUCAAGUGCAAGCCUCAAGAAGCUAAGUAUCCGCGCCACUGGUCUUGAAGAGUUUGAAAAUCCAAAGAGCAUUUCUUUUGAUACUCCAAAUCUGCUUUACUUGAACUACUCUGAUUUAGUCGCCGAGGAUUAUCCUUUAGUUAAUAUGGGGAAGUUAGUUGAGGCUCGAAUCAAUCUUAUUGUCAGAAAUGAAGAUCAGAUCAAGCGGAUAAGAGAGCCAAAUAAUGUUUUGGUAGAGGAUAUUGAGGGUGAUGUUGUUCUCCAAUUUGUCAAUGUGGUGAAGCUCAUGAAGGGCAUGCAAAAUAUUCAGGAACUUCACUUAACUUCUGAUACUCUCGAGGUACUCACUCUAUGUUGCGAAUCGAUGCCGGUGUUCAACAACCUCAAGAUCUUAGGUCUUAAGAGUGAGGAGAGUCGCGGUUGGCAAGCAGUACCAGCUCUCCUGAGAAACUGUCCACAUCUAGAAUUCUUAUUCAUUGAGGGUCUCUUACACUAUGUGACAGAUAAAUGCGGGGAUGCUUGUGACUGCAUUCCUCGGGAAGAUAAAGGUCGUUCGCUCAUAACUUGUUCGGUGAAGAAGUUGCAAGUUAAAGGGUUUAGAGGAACAAGUAGAGAGAAAGAGAUGAUAAGGCAUUUCUUGGAGUAUUUCCCGUGUUUGGAUGAGAUGGAGAUAGAUGCCGAAAAGAUUGAUUCUACAAACUUUGAAGUACCUAGAAUUUUAAAAGUUGUUGCGUAUAAGCUCCAUGAUGUGGUCUCGACAGAGAUAGUAGGACAUUGGAAGAGUUCGGUACAGUCUAGGAGUUGGUCCCAAACCGAGUUGGAUGAGAUGUAUUUUGAGUUGGCUCCGCGCAAUAAAGAGCGUAUCUACGAUAUGGUCUUCAUAAUGCAUAGAGCUUCUUCCCCGGCGGUACCUCCUCCUCUGCCACAGGAAAUGUCUCAGGACUACCUUCAAAUGAAACGGGACCUAGAAGCUCAGUUCGAUAUGAUAGUCGAGCAGAACCCGAUGAUAGCAUCAGCGUUGAGGGCUCGACAAGCAACUGAAACAGAUCAAGCAAAGGCGUCGAGUGGUCAGGAAAUGACCAAGUUGAAGCGGGACUAUGAUGCUCUGUUCGAUAUAGUUGCCGAGCAGAACCCAAUGCUAGCAUCAGCAUUAAGGGGUCUGCGUGCAACCAACUCAGAGCGAGCUGAGACAUCCAGGGAUCAGGAAAAGACCGAGCAAGACCAAGCUACGGCAGCAGAUUUUUCUCCUCCAGACGGAGCAUAAAUGCCUUUCCAAUUUGGUUCGGUUUGUGUUUAUUUAGUUUGAAAAUCCUGAAACGAAGCGGCUUUUGUAGUUUCUUCCUCCUCUAAACGUUGGAUCUUCGUAUCUUAACUUCUCUCUCGACUUUGCAUCUGUACACUUCUUCUGAACUGGUGCGGAAGCUAACUUUUACCUUCUGUUUCUGCUGAUUCCUUUUUGCGUUCGUAAUUUUUGAUCAA